UCUCUGAUUGGUCACCCGUGAUAGCUUCGCCCCCAAGUAUCACUAUUCCCGCCCUACCCAAUCAUUUUCCUCCAACACACCAAAAUAUCUCACAAUAUUCAACUCCAAAAUAUCCCUCCCCGGGACCCGCCCCCAGUCUCAACCAGAAACCUCCAGUGUAACUGAUUUUCCAAGAACCUUAGCUCCAAGGAAACCAACACCCAGGUCGGCGCCAACAAAACCCCCUCCUCUCAUAUUCCAGCCAGCCCAGCCCCACCUGAAUGGCUCAGACCGUCGAUGACGACCCAUCAUCAUCAUCAUCAUUACACUUAUAUACACAGUGGCCUCCCCUCCACCGCCUUGAAUUCUCCUUUCGGAUUUUUCCUCUUAUUCAAAAUUUCCAUAUAUACAUCCCCAUUUCCCCAACACCCCCUAACACACAAACCACAAUUCCGUUUUGAGUUUUCUGUUACACCAAAUUUCUAUGUAUCCCCGAGAGGAUUCUAGUUCGGGUCUAUUCCACCCGAAAGUGGCAGAGGCUAUGGAUUUAGAAGGGUUGAGUGACCAGGUGGCAGCGCCGCAGCCGCUUCAGUGUCUGCAGGAGACUCCGGUGCCGCCGUUUCUGUCCAAGACGUUUGAUUUGGUGGACGACCCGUCGCUGGAUUUGAUCAUUUCCUGGGGCUCUGCUGGAACCAGCUUCGUGGUUUGGGAUCCUGUGGAGUUUUCUAGACUUGUCUUGCCCCGCAAUUUCAAGCACAACAAUUUCUCCAGCUUCGUUCGCCAGCUUAAUACUUAUGGUUUUCGCAAGAUUGAUACGGAUAAGUGGGAGUUUGCAAAUGAAGCUUUCCUGAGGGGCAAAAGACAUUUGUUGAAGCACAUCCAGAGGCGCAAGUCAUCUCAGUCCUUACAGAUUGGGAGCUUUGUUGGUCCUUCUGCUGAAGAAGUUAGGCCUGGAGUCGAAGAUGAUAUAGAAUCGUUGAGGAACCAGAGGAGUCUGUUAAUGCAGGAGGUUGUUGACUUGCAACAGCAGCAGCGAGGUACAGUUCAUCAGAUGAAAACAGUGAACGAAAGGCUGCUUUCUGCUGAGCAGAGACAGAAGCAGAUGGUUUCUUUCUUGGCCAGGUUGCUUCAAAACCCAGCAUUCUUAGCCAGACUUCAACAGCAGAAAGAGCAGAAAGAGCAGAAAGAGCAGAAAGGUAUAAGCUCUCCUACUAUGCAGAGGAAAUUUGUUAAAGCUCGUGAGCGUGAAGCAGGUAUAUCUGAUUCUUAUGAGGAAGGGCAGAUUGUGAAGUACCAACCUGCUUGGAGAAACCAUACCAUGUCAUCUGCAGUCCCGGAUGUAAAUCCAGUUCCUAGUGAAAACCAAUCAGAUCAGGGUAUGCCAUUUCAGUUUGAGAAUGUUUCAUUUGAUGGGUUAACCGUCUCAGAUGAACUAGACGUAAGUCACGUAACACAGGGAUUUAUCAAGACACCAGCUCAAGAGGGUGACAGGGCAUCAAGCAUAGUAACUGAAAGUCUACUAUCAAAAGGCAAGAGCAUUAUGACCCAACAAGAGGUUAAACCGGAGCCGUACAUCUCUUUCCAGGAGGAUUUGAUGAAGGAGAAUACGUCUGAGGAACUCUCAUUUCCGGGGAUUGAAGGUAUGGUCAAACCAGCAGAUGAUGUAUGGAGUAUGGGAUUUGAUGCCAGUGUUGGUAUGUCAAGUUGUAGCAUCGGAUUUUGGGGUAAUCCAAUCAACUAUGAUGUGCCAGAGAUGGGAAUGCCAGAUGGUUUGUUUGAUAUCUGGGACAUAGGUGCACUGCAAGCAGCAGAAGGGUCAGGCAUUGAUAUGUGGCCAGCUGAUGAAUCUGCAUUUGAUGAGCAUGCACGUCAAGAUGGACAGUCAAAAGAUGAUAUAGCUAACAUUGAUCCAUAGAGCUGCAUAUCUUGACCAUUUGCUGCCCUUCAGAUCCUAGUUGUUUUUAGUUGCAGGGUUUAUUAUUUGGACGAUUUAUUGAUGAAUAUUAUUAAGUUCUUUCCAUUUUUCUCUAUCAUUAGCUUUAAUUCAUUUUCUUUAUUAUGUUUAU